AUGGCCAAGAGUGGAAAAGGCCCCAAGGGCAAGAAGAUCACCCUCAAGGUGGCUAAGAAUUGUAUCAAAAUCACAUUUGAUGGGAGAAAACGUCUUGACUUGAGCAAAAUGGGAAUUACCAACUUCCCCAAGUGUAUUCUGAGACUCAGUGAUAUAGAUGAGCUUGAUCUUAGCCGAAAUUUGAUCAAGAAGAUCCCUGAUUCAAUCUCCAAGUUCCAGAACCUACGGUGGCUGGACCUGCACAGCAACUACAUUGACAAGCUCCCUGAGUCCAUUGGGCAGAUGACUUCUCUGCUCUACCUCAAUGUCAGCAACAACAGGCUGACCACCAACGGGCUGCCUGUGGAACUCAACCAACUCAAGAACAUCCGCACUGUGAAUUUAGGCUUAAACCACCUGGACAGUGUUCCGACCACGCUGGGUGCCUUGAAGGAGCUCCAUGAGGUAGGACUCCAUGACAACCUGCUCAACAGCAUCCCCAACAGCAUCUCCAAGCUGCCCAAGCUAAAAAAGCUCAACAUAAAGCGAAACCCCUUCCCCAUGGCAGAGGAGUCUGACAUAUUCAUAGACUCCAUCAAGAGGCUGGAAAACUUAUAUCUGGUGGAGGCCAAGGAUCUGUGUGGGCCUUGCCUGAGAAAAUGCCAACAGGCCCGAGACAAGCUGAACAGAAUCAAGAGCAUGGCUAUGACACCAAGAAAGGCCAUCUUCGGCAGUUUGGUCUCACCCAACUCCACGGCCAAGGAGUCCCAGGAAGAUUGGAGGUGA